AUGGCAGAAACUUGGCUUCAAUCAGCUGCUCGCAAUUCAGUCUUUCAGGUUUUAAAACGCCUUCAACAUGGCUGCUUAACUGUCGCAACUAAAUACGCUAGUGGAAAGAACCAGAGCGUUACCUUUGGCAAUGACAGCUCCGAAUCAGAUCUUGGGAUUGUAAUAAUUGUCAAAAAUCCUCAAGUCUUUGUUCGACUCUGUCAAGGAUUUGACCUGGGAGUCGCAGAGUCAUACAUGGCCCAAGACUUGGAAUGUGACAAUCUUGUUGGACUAUUCUCUCUUUACAUAAGAAACAAAGACUCUUUAAGCGCCUCCGCUGGUAGCCUUCUAUACACAUUCCUACCUCGCGCAGCUCAAUACUUCUUACCAGCCAAUGACACCAUCAAUGCACUUAAGAAUGCAUCGUUCCAUUACGAUACCUCUAACAAACACUUUGCUGGCUUCUUGUCCCCUGACAUGAACUACAGUUCUGCUAUUUGGUCAGGCGAACCUGGAGAAUCACUUCAGUCUGCUCAGCGCCGCAAAAUCCAGAAUAUUCUCGACAAAGCCGACAUAUCGUCCACUGAUCAUGUCUUGGACAUAGGAUGCGGCUGGGGGAAUUUGGCCAUUACCGCUGUUCAUCAGACUGGAUGCCAAGUAACUGGCCUCACUCUGUCGGCAGAGCAAAAAACCCUGGCUGAAGAACGAAUCAAGGCUGCAGGUCUGCAAGACAAGAUUACGAUCUUGCUUUGUGAUUAUCGCAAAGCUCCAGUCCCAGAGGGAGGAUAUGAUCGAAUUAUUUCCAUCGAGAUGUUGGAGCAUGUUGGCGAAAAGUUUUUGAAUACGUACUUUGAAAAGAUAUCAACGUAUUUGAAAACACAUGGAGGCCGGGUGGUUGUUCAGGGCAUCACAAAAAUUAAUUCUCUGAACGCCAGCGGCCAAGCUCUCGGCGAUUUUCUUUACCACUACAUCUUUCCGGGAGGAUAUCUGCCAACCAUAAACCAGCUCUUGACAUCAAUUCAUAGCGGCUCUAACGGCACAUUGGAAGUAGAAACGGUUCAAAACAUUGGGCCCCACUACGCCCAUACUCUGCAAAGCUGGAAAGACAAUUUCGACGCAAACUGGGACAGCAUUCGAGAGGACUUUGUCAGCAAGAAUCCCGAAGCUACAGAUUUGGCAAUUGAAGCGCAUCGGCGACGGUGGAUAUACUAUUUCCAAUAUUGUCUGGCUAUAUUCAAGAUGCGCAUUCUUGGGGACUAUAUCAUUUCUGCUACUCGGACUCCCUUGCCCGAAAUGCCAUAG